AAAUGAGUGUGGAGCUAAAUGACUACAAAGCGCCGGAGAAGAAGAAGAAGCUGCAGGAGAGGAGAUGAUGAGGACAAGCAUGACGAAGAAGAAGAGAAAGGAAGACCGCAAAAAUUGGUCCUAAUAAAAGUCACAAGUUGUCAUGCGUACUUGGUAUGAUAGGAGGGAAGUGCUCUUAUUACAGUGCUGCACUGUUACUAUCUGUGCCCCGUGCUCUCCACUACACCUCUGACUGCUUUUCCUGCUGUUUGCGCAUUAAACUGUAACUUUACUGUCAACUUUAGUGCCGUGACUUUGUUACCAUGAAAUUGUCCGAGUCCGUCUUACAGGGUUGUUUUCAUGUGUAGUUCAAACGAGGCGACAUAAGUUAGUCUUCGCUCAUCGUCAACAUAAGGAAAAAUGAAUAUUUAAGGACGGACCGAGAAAACGUCAUGGCAGAUUUCAGGACUUUCAACGUUGUGAUUUUGGGUUUGGGAUUUUUGUUCAUUUUUACCGCCUUCACGACCACGGGAAACAUUGAAGUAAGAAAACAAACUUUAUUAUUAAGAGUUUAUACCCAUUAAUAACAUGACCUGAGUUUAAAUUCCAUGUGCUGUUUUACAAAAGGAGAAGACGCUUUUUAAUUUUUGUACCGGAUUGAGCAAAAUCUCUGUCAUUGACAAUCACAACUGCAACCUUUAUGUCCAAUCUAAAGUUAUCACAGUAACAUCUGCAGAGUUACUUUGACCCAUGAAUGUAUGCAUAACUCUUUUUGAUCAUAACUCUAUCUGAGUGUGGGAAAUUCAUGAUUUAUGAACACAUGUUUUUUAAUCUGAAUAUCUGAUCUCAAAAAUUCCAAGUAGAUGUCCUUCAGGCGGUAAGAAACAGGCCAAUCAGAGUAGUACUUGUGGGCAUCUCGUGUUUCUAAUUCUCCUCAAUGGUCAGUGAAGUUAUCAAUCCGGAUGAAUGCCUUGAGGACGCAAUUAUGACCUACUUUGUCGAGCAUGUGCUUCAGAGUUUUUCUUUCCUCUUUUUCAGCAAACUGUGGUGAAGAGUCUGGAAAAUAGCACUUUUAGUGGAAGUGGGUACCACAGGUGGGUCACGCAGGUUUAACUGCAAAGUGUUAAGUGAAAAAAAUCACUAGAAAAGACUCGUUUGUAAGUUGUAAUAAUCAGAAUAAUAAUGAUAAUUUGGUCAUUGUCUCUUUCACAGUCUUGGAAUCAUCUAUGGGGUCUUUUCCAUCUCUAAUUUACUCGCUCCAACAGUGGUCGCAGUAAUUGGCCCCAGACUUACCAUGUUCCUGAGUGGUAUACUUUACAGGUAAACUUUAUUUUGAUAGAUUUAAAAUAAAAAUGUUGAAAGAAAUUAAGAAGCUGCAACAUUUAACCUGACACACUCUACAUGUCUUCUGUCCAGUGGGUACACUGCUGUGUUCAUCAUCCCCUCCACAUGGUCCUUUUACUUCACCUCUGUGCUCAUUGGCAUCGGAGCAGCCAGUAAGUUUAUUUCUGAUGAAAGAGUCUGUAAACCCAGGUAUAAAAUCAGCUUUUCCCAUACAGGUUUAACCCACAUUUAAGUCUGUUAAAAGCAAACAGGCCACUUGAGAAAGUCAUAACUUGAAAAGGCUCUUUAAGAUGCUCUCUAAUAAAAGUGAAGAUUAAAUGAUUUUCAAAUAUAUAUCAUUGAAUGAUUUUAAGUGCUUAUUUUUCAGUUGUCUAUCAUUUCAUUUAUGGACUGUAAUCAUUGUUUAUUUUCUCAGUACUUAUUUCAAAAUGAUACUCAAUGUAGCUCACAGAUUUUACCGCAACUUCAUACUGAAUAUUUGUGCAUUUAUACCAAGCCGUAACCUCCAGUGUUAAAAAAAGAAGAUAAUGGGGAAGUGGCAAAAAAAAAAAAAACUGCACUUCCUUGACAUUUUGAGCCUCAAACAGGAAAACAGUCAGUUAUCUGUCCAGAAAACAAUGAGCUGUCAUUUUUGGUCACUUACGUAAUCUACCUGCUCUGGUUUUAUAGACAGUGUAUGUGCCAGUUUUUAUUUAGAGUUUAUGCAUAUUUUUUUGUUUUUGUUUUGGUGGAUUAAGUAUUAUAGAAGCAAAUUCUGAUCGUCACUGGAGUGUGGUUAAGUGUCAAAACAACAGGCCCAAAACAGUGGAGCUAGAAGCUGCGUCCUCUUUGUUUUUGCAGCAUAUCUAAGUACCGUUUCUCUCUUAAAACCCAAAUGAUGUUUAAUCAGGCAGACAAGGAUUAUCGUGACUGGAAUGCGUUGUUACACACAAACAGCAUAUCCCAAAUUAGACCUUAUAAAUGGGUUUGAAGCUGUUUCUCUAAGCUUAUUCAUAGAUGUUUGUAAAAAAGCAGCCCUCCAUUGAGCUUUUAGUCGAGAAAAUGAAGAACAUGAUUCAGGGCAGCUUUUUAAAUCAGCCUUGAAUCAGUGCGGCGUGAUGAAUUCUUAUCAUGUCCUGGGGCUUCUGUGCGGUUAGACGCAUUACUAACCAUCACAGAAAGAUAAUUUCUCGCUUCAUGCUGGUAAUUAACUGACUGGUUUUAUUUUUUCUCCUCAAAUGACCUCUCUUUCCUGCAGUGCUCUGGACAGCUCAAGGGCACUUUCUGGUGGAAAACUCAGAGGCUUCCACCAUCAACAGGAACACAGGCAUGUUCUGGGCUCUCUUACAGUGCAGGUAUGAGUGUCUUCGGCGCUAAUAGAUUCAGCUCUGAUACCAUUACCUCGAUGCAUUACUUCAUUUGAAAUUUCAAGGUUCAUUUUAUACUAGUCACAUUUUAAUAAUCUGAUUAUAAUGAUGUGAUUCUCUCUAGCCUUGAGUGAAUUAAAUAUUCCCUUUCAUUCUGAAAAUCAGAAAAUCCUCCUAAAUCGCUCUCUAACUUAAUCCAAGGUUCCUAUUAAUUUGUUAGGCAUCAUAAGAUUUCUUCUCAUCAUUAUUGUAUUUAAUGCAUAAAACAACACAACUGCACAAAACUGAAAAACUUACGCUCCAGCAGCCAGAAUAUCUGUGUCUAUGUUUUUACCUGACAGGAAAUUGCUCUAAGCCUUAUUGAAAAAUAUGCUAAAUAAAUCAUGUUACAAGUGGUCACAUCCCGUAAAAAGUACAACAGUAUUCAAGCUUCUAAAAGCAGAGCUGCAGGUGAGGGUUUGGGCCUUUUUCUCUCUUGUUUUUGGCUCCCUGCUCAUGCACACUGGCUGGUACAACUAAUUUGUAUUUGUUAAAAUAUGCAAAUUGUUUUAGUAUAAUAAUUACAUUGGCUGUCACCUGCGCCAAAGCUCACAAUAGGGCAAUGCUAAUCUGACUCUGCAGCAGUGAUCCCUGCCACAGUAAACUUAUGAAUCAGUUCUUCACAGCCUGCACACACGGGCACAUACGCACACACAUGCAGACUGCAGUUAGUGUUGUCUUUAUGAAUAACCCCUGUUAUCCCUCACAGAGGAUUUGGAACAGACUAAUUGCUCAUCUGCAUGUCUUAGUUUACGUGAUAUUUAAUUAAAGCCAGAAAUAGAUCACUGUUUAAUAGGACGGCGGUGUUUGACAUAAAAGGAAAAUAAACAGUUUAAACAGCAGAUAGACGCAUCCUGAUGACAUUUUUACAUUUUUGGUCCAACAAAAGUUUUUUACACACCUUUUUGGCCCAUUAAGCUGUUGUGGCAUUACUGCAGGGUCAGUGUUUUUAUUUUAAUUACAGUGGUUGUCUUAAUGGUAACUCUUUAAUUAAAGGUCAGAUUUUUAAAGCCCCAGAGUCCAUCUCCAGAGAUCUGAGUCACUAAACUUGCCGUGAAACAAAUUACAUUAAGGGUGUGAUAAUUACUCUGCAGACUGAUGAUCUAUCUGGUGUCUGAUUGGUCAGCAGUGCUUCUGCAUCAGUUCGGAGAAACAAGUUUGUUUGAAAGUGACAUUUCUUUCACUUUUUACUCGUCUCAUUUGUGUCUUGAAUUGCUGGGUCACACGUUGAGAUCUUAGGUCUGUGUUCUUGUUGUAUUUGCUCAUUACUGAAUUUGUGUUUUGUACUUUUUUCAGCUUGUUGGUGCAUUUUUAAAGGCCUGUCUUGAGUUCAGCAUUUGUUAUCAGUAAGAUGUUUAAGUGUUGUGGAGUUCAUGGUUCACGUUCACGCUCUCAUUCAUUCUGUUUGACCUCAGUCUCCAUCUUACAUAUAGAAGACACUGGUUAUGUUGUGUGCAUGAGAAAGUAAUAGCAUGUGUUCAAGUUAUUUACAUUGUAUGAUUUAUAAUACAAUGUAAUACAAGGCUCACUGCCUUGUACACACAAGAUACAAAAGUAUUGUUUUCAUUGUGUGCCCAGGAUGAUUAUCUUGUGCAUUUAUAACAAGAACUUGAGGGCCAAAAGCAGUAAUCUAUGGUGGCCCUGAAGGUUGAUAGCAUAUCAGGUCUCUAUACUUUUAAUAACCUUAAUAAAAUAUAAAAACCAUGAAAAUGUUAAAGAAACACAAACAUUUUGAAAAUAAUAAUGAACAUGAACGCAUUUUGUGAUUUAAAAAUAUCUUGAUGAUGUAAAAAUUGAUUUAUAUCUCCAAAACAUUAAAUUUUGUUUUGAAAAUUGACUUGCUUUUCCAAAAUAUUUGUACAUUGUCAUAUUUUUAAUGUAUUUUCCAAAAAAUACUUGAGUGUUUUUAAAGAUAUUAUUUUUGCCCUGUAAAAUAUUUUUCUUUUUCAUCAUCAUUAUUAUUAUUAUUAUUAUUAUUAUUAUUAUUAUUAUUAUUAUUAUUAUUAUUAUUAUUAUUAUUGUUAUUAUUAUUAUUAUUAUUAUUUUCCUUUGAUAAAAUGUUUUGUCUUCUAUUUUAUUAGAUAUAUUAUUACUGUCUUCCUGGAAUAUUUUUGCCGUCGGCUUUCAGGGCCAGUCGUCUCAUGGGAACAAGUCCAUAUCGUAUAAUUAACCUGUUUGCAUUAGAUAAAGAUAACUUUUUAAUUGAAGUCUGGGGCCUUCGAACAUGGUGUCAGCGUUGUAAACUUCCAAAUGAUAACAAAAUAGCUUUGUGUCAGAGUUGUUGGAUUACCUAUUAAAAAAAUUGGCCAAAAAGUAAUUUUGGAAAAAAGUUAUCCCAAAGUCAUAAUUCUUAGACAAAUGUGAAAACAUAAAGGUCUGAUCACCUGAGGUGAAAUACGUUCAUCCAGCAGCCCUGAAUGCUCAGAAAAUGCCUGUCAAAGUGAAAAUGAAUGUCAUAUUCACGAUUCAUUUGUUUUUUUUUCUCAGUUGAAGUUUUCUUCUUUAUUUACAGCAUGCUGUUUGGCAAUCUUUACAUUUACUUUGACUGGAACGGAAGAACAGAGAUAUCAGGUAGAGUGAACAAUGAGUCAGCACUACCCAGAGAGUUAGACUAGUGACUGUGUAUUCCAAAUGAGCUCCACUUUGUUGUUAAUAUAUCUCCUGUUUAUUAAUUAAAGGGUUUAAUUUAAUCUUCCUCUCUCAGACAGCAGCAGGAAAAAAAAUUUCCUGUCCCUGAUGGUCGCCUCCAUACUCGGCACACUCAGCUUCCUGGUGCUGAGGAAGAGUCAUCAUGAGGAGGAGUUGCUCUCUGAAGAGGAAGGGCAGUCGCUGCUCUCAACCCGCAUGAUGUAAGCAAGUAUCCCUCAGAUUAUUACACAAUUUUUAUUGAUGUGAAGAAGGCUUACAGUGAUCAAUUAGGGUGUUAGAUAAUAUAUGAAAGCGUUUUGUGAUUGACGUAUAAACAUAGAGUGGAUGAGUGAUCUGAUGUUAGUGUAUUUAUUUAACUUCUAUAAGAUUCACCAGUCUUAAAGAAAUUACCAUUUUAGAGAAUUCAGGAAAUUUAAGAGUUUUACAAAGACUUUACUUAGUCAUUCACAGUGAGUAUUUUCUAACCACCUUUGUCAUUUGAAGAUGAAAACUUCUUUUGUCAAAAUCACUGUGAUUAUGACAAAGUCAAGAUUCAUCUGAACAAAUGAGGUACAAUCAGGGAAAUUUGGGGAUUUGGAAGAAGACCCUAAAUCCUCAAACCUGUAGUUUGAUAUGAUUUGACACAAAUUUAGAUUUGUAUGUGACCUCAAACCACAAGGAGUAUAAAGCUAUGGAAAAGAAGCUGACCACACAGGACACGGCAGUGAUGCACAGAACAAUCUGUCAGCUCUGAGAAAAUCACGCUGAGACUAAAAUUAGAGGAUCAUAUAGAAGGUUUGCUUUUGACAAACCUGUUCUCUCAGCCUCUAUCUGAUGUUAUUGUAGCAGCAGAUUGUGUUUACAGAGUGUUUGGGGAUCUGUCAUUUGCAGGUAUUUGAUCCUUGUUUUUUGUCUGAGUUUCAGUGUCCAACAGCACAACAAUGAAUCCUACAGGGAGCUGCUGUUUACUGUGAAGAAACUAUUUUCUAAGCUCUCUGUUUAUAUAUCCUCAAUUACUUAUGAUGUUUUUGCAGAUGAAGUACCGCCGAUGUAAACAACUUCACGUCCUUCUCUUUAUGUUAUUGUUUUAUUUACACUUUUCCAUUACUAAAUGUCUUUUUUGAUGAAAGUUAAAGCUGUCUGUUUGUCUUUUUUUCUAGAUAUAAGCACAGAGCAAACAAUGCCAUGCAGGACGCAAAGACAGAAUUCAGUAAGUUUCAUCCGUGGAGUCAAAGGGCUCUAUUUUCGUGCCUCGCCAACGUCGUGGCACAGGGGCAGCGUAAGUCAGGUCCUUAAAAUUAAACAAAUAUAUCUAUUUAUAUCACAUGAUACAUUAGAUGUUUUUGGAAACAGAUAAACUACAAGAGGCCUUUUUAUCACUUAUCGGACUGUAUUCAGGUGUUUUUGUUAGUAAUUUGUUGAUCAUAUUGAUUUGAUAGAAGUAUAUAAAAGUAUGUAUCAAAUAUGAUACGAAAGGCAUUAGAGGGACUUUUGGUUAGCGUCUUUCAGCACCAGCAACACCAGAUUUCCCCAAAGAGCUACAUGCUAUUCUUGAUGUUAUAAUCAGCUUUUUAGAAUAUUUUUUUAGACCACUGUUUUCCUGUAGAUGCAGAAUACUUGACAGUGAAAAAACUUGAAUUUGCACUCGCUGCUAAUCCAAUUAUCAGGGGAUAAACAAGGUCUGUAGAGAUUCCCCUCAGGAGAAAAGGGGUGGAAAGGUAGUCACUCUAAUAUUAUAAAGAUCUGGCAUUUUGAUCUUACCCUCUAAAAAAGCAUGUGCAAUAAAAUUAAUGCCAUGCUUCACUUUGUUUGGACUCAUUGAUAUUGUUAGGACCAUCAUUCGACACAAAAAUUUAACGGUAAAAACAGAACCUCACGGUCAUCUUCAUUUUACUGCCUCAUGACAGGCAACCUCCAGUUCUGCACACUUCACUGUAUGAAAUCUGAGGAAGUGUUGAAUUUUCAUCAGGAGAAAAAUCUUCUGGCCACAACCCCAAACACAAAAAAACUGCAUGUGCUCGUCUUUUAUUUCAGAUUACAUCUGUUUGUCAUCUGGAAACACGGCUGCACUUCCCCCAGACUUCAGUUCAGCCUGAAGUACUUCGGCUGAUCAGAUUACUCCUUGUCUUUUGUGUAUCUGUGUAUGUGCUUGAAAGGCAUCAGGUUUAUCGCAGAUGCACACAGAUUUAUGUGAAGACGGUGAACCCGAGCAUGUAUAAACAAACCUAGUGUGAUUUCUUCUUUGAAAAGUCUGAAUUUUCUCAUUUGUUGUACUACCUGCUUUGUAAUAGCAGGCUGCUUUUCUAUCAUCGUUCUGAACUCAGAUUCAAUUGUCACAAAGAAAUGUUUUUGCAUCUUUAUUUGAGCUUAGUUCAAAAGUUAGAAAAUUUACUUGUAUUUGGUGUAUAAUGAGGGAUUAUACCAUUUCAACUGUGUUUGUCCUCCUGUUCAGAAACCAUCCUACAGCUGCUAAAGGCAAAAACCAUACUGCUCCUGAGCCCCUGCAUGGCGUACAGCGGUAAGUCGUGUGGAGAAUGCAUUUAUGUUAUCAGUAUUUAGCCUCCAGUGACGGCUCCCAGCUACAGCAUGAGCUCCUUGUUCUCCAGGCCUGGAGCUAUCCUUCUACAGUGGAGUGUACGGGACGUGCAUUGGGGCGACUACUCACUUUGGAGAAGCAGCGAAAGGCUUGAUCGGGAUCUCUGGGAUUAUGGUGGGAAUUGGAGAAAUAGUAGGUAAGUUUGUUUUCUCUAUCAAAGCGUAUUUGGGGGAUUUUAAGUUAGGGAUAACUGUUCUCCUGUCCUUUUUUUGAUCAGGAGGAGGUUUGUUUGGAUUGGUGUGCAAGAACAAUCGCUUCAGACGGACCUCAGUGGUGUUCCUGGGAAUGGUUGUUCAUUUUGUCGCUUUCUAUUUGAUAUUCCUCAGCAUCCCGAGUGAUGCUCCUGUUGUUUUUAAAACCACCACCCAAAUGAGCCCAUACCUAACUCCAAGGUAGUCGAUUUCCCGCAAAACUAAAGAAGAGAAUAUGUUUGAAGCUGCUGCUGAUCCUGUUCUGUUUUAAUGAGCCCUUUAUUUUCCCCCUCAGCGUAUCCAUCGCCUUGCUGUGCAGCUUUCUGCUCGGACUCGGCGACAGUUGUUUCAACACACAGCUGUACAGUAUAUUAGGCCGUGUUUAUGCUGAACAGAGCACACCUGCUUUUGCCAUCUUCAAAUUCAUCCAGGUAAUCCCGUGUUGCCAAUUUCUCUGACAGUGUCAGCAAAGCAGAACAAAGCCUUUAAAUGUUGUCUUGUCAAGUUUGAAAUCAAUUCACCUGAAGCCUCAUUAAAAAGGAACAGAGUAAAACCUACACGUCUUUUAAUCUCUGCCUUUGCACUUGGCAAAAUAAGUCUGGAGAAAGGAAUAAAGCCAAGAUCUUGUGCUGUUUUCUCUUAGCUGAACUCAAACUAGAGUGCAUUGUUUUUGUGUUCAAGCAUAAAAAACUCACUUAUCUUUUGAUUUAGCUUUAAAAAGAGCAAAAACCAGCUUCAGGGUUUGUGUAAUGAAAUCCUCAAAAGCUUGUAUCAGACAAAGUGAGAGCAGUCCUGCCUUUAUUGCACAUCUUCAGGGAGGGAAAUGGCAUAAUUCUGACUUUCUGACAAAUAUUUUAGUUGUUUGUUUAAUGAAUCUCCCAUUGUCCAGUCUGUUUUCGCAGCAGUGGCGUUCUUCUACAGCGGUUACCUACUGCUGAUGUGGCAGCUCCUGCUGAUGGUCAUCCUGGGCUUCUCUGGCACUCUGUGUUUCUUCGUGGUGGAGAGGAUGCAGAACUUCUCUGCAGAGCUGCAGGAGCAGUAAAAGAUUUGAACUUUUUUGGACACAUACCUGAUAAUGAAGGCUGAGAUCAUCAGAGAAAGAGUCAUGAGAGGUUGUAAUAGAGCCUCUUUAGGAUGUAUAAUGCACUGAAGGUUUUAAAACACAUACAACAUUAAGAGAACAAAGCUGCCUUUAGAAUAAAACCUGAUCAUGUGACAUGGUUUUCAUACAGACUGAACCUUGUCCACUCUCAGUCCUGGUUCUCUGAUAAUACUCAGUAUCAUUGUUAAUAAUUAACAUUAUUUUUCACCGUUGUUGCACCGUUGAACUGUUGGUCUGACUGUUGGAUGAUAAACAUGACUAACUCAUACUUACCUGCAUUGCUUGAAGCUCAAGUAUGUCUAUAAGGAAAGUCAUAUUUUUAGAAAUAAUUUAUACAUCUGUUACUCUAUAACUUUUAAAGUUGUUAAUAGUUUGUCAGAAUUAUUGGCAUUUUGACAAAGAAGAGGAAAGAAAAUAAAGUAAUAUUAUUUCCUCAUGUUCGACUAACUAUUGCCUGACAAUCAUUGUUUUUAACUGUUUUGUAAAUUUUGCAUGAUUUUUCCACAAUUGUGUGAAUCUUUGAUGAAUAAAGUUUCAUACAUUUUGCA